GCACGUGAUUGGUCCAGCCUCAGACUGAUUUUCUGAACAUUGAUUGAUUGCUACCAGGCUGCGAGGCGAGCCGUCUCUCCCCCUCAUCCCGCCUGUCGAUAUCAAAGCGCCGACUGCCUUUGAAGUGUCCCGAGAAUCUGCGCUCGGCGUGUUUUUACGGCGGUGCGGCUGUGGAGGAGCUGCAGACGGUCUGGGGUGAGAAGCAUGAAGGGCCAUUUCUCCAUCGAGUGGCUGGCCCAGAGCAGCAAGCCGGCGGGGCCAACAUCCGGGCCGGUGGGGCCAACAUCCGGGCCGCCAGCUUGGGGGACGCAUUCGGAGAGUCUGCCGGGUUUUUACUGCAAACCAAAACCUGAGAAGAUUCCAGAACCAGAACCAGAGCAGCAGCAGCAGCAGCAGCAGCACGUCGACACCAUCAGUCAGGAAGCUCCUCGGGUCCGAACGUCUCCCGGGAAUCAGGGAAGUGAGGCCGGUUUCAGCAGCGGCACCGAGGAGGAGACCUCCGGCUACGAGAGCGAAGGCGGUCAGCCUCAUUCCCCCUCUGCCCACGCCGACAGCGCCUCCUGCACGUCUCCACCGUCGCCGCCGGUGGGCAGGAGGCCCCGCACGGCCUUCACAGCGGAGCAGAUCAGCAGCCUGGAGGGGGCCUUCAAGAGGAACGCGUACCUGGGAACCCAGGACAAGGCGGAGCUCUGCAAGAAGCUCAACCUCUCUGACAAGCAGAUCAGGAACUGGUUCCAGAACAGGCGGAUGAAGCUGAAGAGGACGGUGCAGGACGCGCUGGCCCACGCCUGCCAGGCCAACGUUGGGUCUCACUUCCUGCAUUACCCCGAGCUGCAGGCCUACAGGCCCGGCCCGUACCCCAGGUACCACCCGGCCGCCGCCGCCGCCUCCGUGGUGGUGCCGGACCCCGACGCCCCUGCGACCUACGUUCACCCUCACGGCCUUCAGUACAGCUCGCCUCUGUCCAGCACCUCCGCUCUGCCCCUGGACUCCUUCUACGAGUACAGCAGCCUCCCAGGAGUCAUGCUGCCCGCCGCCGCCGCCUCUCACCUCAGAGGAACCUACCCACCGUACCCCCAGUACUACUGAUCAGUGACGCUGGAACCAAAUUUAGAUUUAGUUUUUUUUUUUAACAAAACUACUGAAGUCAUCCUGUUAAUCAUACGGAUGCACCAAUCCACUUUUUUCACUUCUGAUACCGAUAUCUGAAGUUAAGUAUGGGCCAAUACCGAUCCAGUGCAGCUGAAUCGACUUUAAACAAUUUUUUUUAUUUUUUUUAACUCAGACAUAAUUGUACUGAAUUACAAACUUAUUUGAUAACUCUGCACCAGUACAGCACACAUAAACACAACGACAGCUUCACAAGUUUGGUCAAACAUGUCAAAACAACUUUAAUCUGUUCAGUCAGUGCAGUUGUGAGUAGAACAGCCAAUUUAACAUGAAUAAAGAAACUGAAUCUAACAAAAACAAUAGAUAGACUAUCUCAGUCAAAAGAUGUAAAAAAUAAACUGAAACAAACCUUUCAAAUGGUUUCUAUUUUGCGACCAAUACAGAUAUUAAUAUUAGAACAGUGCAUCUCUAGUUAAUCAUAGAACCAAGACUUUUAAUAACCUAGAACUCCAAUCUGAGCUGGGUGGUGUGCAAUAAUGUGAGCAGUGUGUGUGUGCGCAUGUGUGUGUGCAUGCGUGUGUGUGUGUGUGUAUCUGUAUCUGUACAGUUUGGAUCUAUUUAAAACUGGGCCAACGAAGGUGUUUGUUUAGAGUGGAGUGUUAUUGUGACUGUGAAAAAUGAAUUCAAAUAAAGAAAAAUGAUCGCGAGUGUUCUGUGUGAGCAGCUCCUGCUAGUGAACGAGUUACUCAGCAGAGUGACAGUAGGCUCUGUUGUGCAGGUGUGCUUCUUUAUUAUGCUGUGAUUUAUGUUAAAGCUACCGUAUGUUGGUUUUUAUUUUAAAAAGACAAAUGUUCUGUACACAGCUGUUAAAACUAUCACUUUGUCAUAACAGCGUAGUUAGUAUGUGAUGUGUGGGGGAAAAAAAUCAAGUUCCUUUUAUUUGAGUUUCAUGGCCAAGAAUGUCUCUCUGAAAACUGAGCCGUAAAAGAGAUCACAACCAGGACGAAUCCGUUUUUUAUUUUUUUUAUUUUUUUUUUUAUAUAUGAUCACAUUUAUGCAGAAGAAAUAAAAUCAUUUGAAACUUGAAAA